UAUUUAUCAGUCUGGCGUUUGUCCAAAGGUUUAUGUUUAUUAUAAUUAUAUAUUUUUCAUAAUCUUUCGUCGUGUCUCCAACUGACAUUUUGAAAACAUGCCGACGACGCGUGUUGGUUAUAUACGGGCUAUUUGAGGGCUGGCGAGGGCAUUCUUAGGGGUGUUUCUCCACUGUGCUCGUUGCACAAUGUAACACUAUCCCCUUUUGUAACAGCGCAACCUUGAAGUGUCUUUAAUGCGAAACCGAGUGCGAGCAUGCUUGCCGCCUUCUAUUAUUUUUUCAUGAAUAUUCUCGUUAUGAGCAUCUAAGAGGCCGGAACUUUAAGAUGGUAUUUCACUUUUGUUCGCGUAUAUGGCUGACGCUUAUCAAUGCUAAUUUGCAUACAUUCUUUAACCUAACUAAAACUAUAUUUUUGCAAUAUUAUUAUAAAUGUUUUCAAGCUAGCCAAAUUAUUUUCGUCAAAUUAUUUGUAGGUCUCGAAAUAUUUUGGAUGUCAUCUCAUAGUCGCUCGUUAGUAUUCAUUGUUCCCCAUUUGCACAAACGUUUGUAUCGGCGCACGUCAUAGGCUAGGGAAAUUUAUAUGGGAUAGGGCUCUAUUUCCAAUGCUCAUUAUUUCCAUUUUCUUCAUAGCUUUUCGUCUAAAUCGAUUUUUCACAUGAAUACUUUUCAAACAUAUUCCAGCCUUUUAAUUAUAAACAUAACGUAGACCGAAUAUUAAUAUUAUAUAUGUAUAUAUUCACGUAUGAAGAGAAGUAUUAAAUUUUUACAAAUAUAAUUAUCUUUGUGAUUACAAAGAUCUCAUAGAUUACAAAAAUAUGAAUCUUCGAAAUAAAUCAGAAAUUGUGGCUAAUUGCCACGAUCGUUUUCUUAUGCGGCUAUCCAGCAAAAUGACGGCGAAUUCGCUGAAUUUCGUUACAAUCGAACGUUUUGCAGUAAGGGGUGUAUUUCGUACUCACAAUAAGUCCCUGAAGUGUCUUUAACGCGUACAGUAGCGCGCCAUUCAAUGGUCGGUGCUCACAAAUACGCAGCGGGGUGUCCGGGCUCUCUUGAGAUUCGCCACUUUGAUAUGAAUGUCGGUGAUCGAGAGAAAAAUUAAUGUCUACUCGGCUACGAGCUCGAACGAGUCCCUGUAGCCAAUACUUUACCUCACGAGUCGGGACUUAAUAUGUUUAUUGCUGUGAGAAUGUCGGCCUCGGAUAGGUACUAGAUUUUUAUCUGCCAUCGCGCCUUUUAACUCGGUCUCGUAAUAUUCAACGACGAAUGAGUGAAAAGCGAAUCCGAAUCCUCCUCUUUCGUCUCUGGCUGUAAUAAUGUAUUCUUUUUUUUCCAGUGUCACAGUUUUUCAUAUCGCUCUCUUAUGCUAGAUUUGCCGAUAUUUAUAAAUUUGAUGAUUACUUUAUACAAAUACUAUUAAAUAAAUGCCUUUUAUACAUAUAAUGCAAAACAAAAACGAGCCUGAGUAAAAAUCAAAUGUCCGAUAAUGAAUUUAUUUUUUAUCAGUGGAAUUAAUUAAAUUACUGAAUGAUUUUAUUUCGCGUAAAGGUAUUUUGUAACUUAUAUAUACAUAUAUAUUUAUAUACACACACAGAUAUAAAUACAAUAAUACAAAUUGAAUUUAAAUGAAUAAAUGCGUGCUUUAUUAUCUUGCUUUAUAAAACGAGUGCAUAUUUUUUAUUAAUUACAUUAUGAUAACAUUUGAACGUUUUUCAAAUACGAAUCACUUUUUGUAGACUUACUUUGUUUUCUCCUUGUGUUUUGUCUUGUUAUUUUAUUACAAAGAAACUUUGUAAACCGUUUAUGACAUUAAAUUCACGAAAAUAGCGGCUCUUAAAAGUUAGAAAUUUUAUGGAUUUUUAUGUGUAUAUACGUUUAUGUAAAAUUGUAGCCUAUAAAGCUACAGAAAAUGCAGUUUUGAAAUAUUUGUUUUAAAUAGUUGAAUAGCGAAUGCACAUUACAAUAAUAAUAUAUUAUUAUUAUUACUAUAAUUUAUAAGAAAAAUUGAUUAUUUUUUCCUAGUUGUACCGAUAGGAACGAUCACUGUACAAAGUCGUGUUUUGUGCAAGCUAAAGUCAUCUGUUAAGAGAAAGAAGAACUAAAAUUAGAUUUAAUGAUUCUCUAAAAGAUAUUACGAUCCAAAAGAUAUUAGAUAAAUAACAAUUUGAUACAAUUAUGUCUUUUCCAUUUUUUUAUUAUUUAUUUUUCCAAACAGCAUUCCUAUACAAAAGACUUGAAUGAUUUAUUCUAAAUAAUAUAAAAGUAUCAUUAUUUUAUUUGUUUAAUUUAGGUAAAGAGAAUAUUUAUUUUAAUUUAGAUAAAAUGCAAAAUGCAAAUGAAAUAUUUCGGGGGCAAACAAUUACAUCAGUUACCAAGAAAUAUAUGAGUAUUGAGGAAAUACGUUUCGAUAUACCGAUAGUCGACAAUAAAGAAUUCAGAAUGGAUUUGAUCGCGCGCAUCGAAGCUGUUACGUUGAAAAUUAUAAAGCAGAUAUCUGUUGGACAGCCACCGUACAUAUCAUACUAUAAUGGCCGAAACAUUGCUAUAGAAUCGAAUUUACGGAAAGAAAAUGUUUGCAUAGUAUGCUCAACCAGUCUUCGACCAAAUACAGUAUUCAACGAUUCUAUGUUUGACUUUGCCGAUGAGCAGGACACGAGAAAAGAAAGUAAUUUUCAAAUUUUGAAAAAGAUAAUUGUCAAUUUCGCGGUAAAAAGUAGCAGAAAUAAAUUUAUUCUAAUGGUGAUGAUAAUGUCCGAGGCUCAUCGUUUGUUGCUAACAAAUACAACCAAGACGAAACGAUCGUUUUAUUACGAUUUGAAGAAUGAAAUAACUAAAAGUUUGAUGCCUCAUCAAAGAUGUAUCGAUCGUGCAAUGAAUAGUGUCGCUAAUUUAUUAGAAUGCGCCCCAUGGGAUUUGAGAUUAUUAGCAACGCCUAAAGGAUUAGUAGCAGGAAAUAUGACCAUCACACUACUCGACAAUCGAGUUAUCGAUUGUGCGAUACUCGGAGGCGUGCAAAUCCCACAGAUUAUUUUAAAUGUAACUUCAAUUCGUGCGAAAGCCAACUUUGUCUUGGUUAUUGAGAAAGACGCAAUUUUUCAAAAAUUACUUGAAGAAGACUGCCCUCGUAUAUUAAAAUGUAUUCUAGUGACAGGAAAAGGCUAUCCGGAUAUAAAUACCAGAAUGCUGGUUAAUAUUCUAUCUGAAAAGAUAGGUCUACCGGUUUAUAUAAUCGUAGACGCGGAUCCUUUUGGUGUGGAUAUUAUGUUACUUUAUCGCUUCGGCUCGUCGAUACUUUGUCGACAAAACGAAAGUUUGACUUGUCCUAACGCACGCUGGCUCGGAAUCCACCCCUCGGAAUCAAUUAUUUUAGGAGUGAAAACAAUCUCACUCACUAAGACCGAUUUCGUGAAAUUGAAAUCUAUUGAAACCCGGACUUACGUAAAUGAUGCUAUAUCGAAAGAGCUGAGUAUAUUGCGGAACGGCAAGGCUGAUAUAGAGGCGUUGUCUUCCUUUACAAAAAACUUUCUUACAGCAACGUAUUUGCCUUACAAAAUAGAUGGCAAAAAAUAUAUUUAAAAUAAUAUAUCUGUAAUAU